AUGUCAUCAACCGAGAAAACCAAUGCUGCCGGCGGCGACAAGCUAAGCAUGAAGCUGCUGGUGAACAGCAAGUCCCAGUGCGUGCUGUACGCCGAGGCCGGGAAGGACGUCGUCGACUUCCUCUUCUCCCUCCUCACGCUGCCGCUGGGCACGGUGGCCAAGCUGAUCGCCGACGACAACCCCGCGGCCGGCUCCGUGGUCAACCUCUACAGCAGCGUCGACAGGCUCGACGACACCUACAUCUGCCGCGACAACGCCAAGGACGACCUGCUCAGGCCCGCCGGCGGCUGCGAGAGCGGGAAGCUGCUCCAGCUUCCGGAGGCAAAGGCGCCGCAAACCACAUUGCAAAUCUUCCGCUGCACCGGCACAUACUCACCCAACUGCAGGAGCUACGUGACCAUGGCAAGUGGGACGCCGUGUGGAAGCUGCGGCGCAAGGAUGACGACUUGGGCGCAGCUUGUUGGCUCCGUCGGCGGCGCUGGGUCGCCUGCUGCUGCGGCAGGGGCCGCCGCCGGGUUUGUGCAGCGGAUCGUGACGUACACGGUGAUGGACGACCUCAAGAUCGCGCCUAUGUCCACCAUCUCCGGGAUCACCAUCCUCAACACCUUUGGCAUCACGGACAUCGGCUCUCUCCAGGAGAAGACCGUGCAGCUUGGCUACGCCGAGGGUUUGGAUAUGCUGAAGGCGUCACUGCAGACGGUUCUCACCGACGUCUUCCUUGGGAAGAAGCGGAAGGCCUCAAGCCCUUGA